CAAAAUGUAAUAAUAAAAAAUAAUAUACAUGUAUUGGAUCGGUCCUGUUUUAAUGAGUCCGUAGUCAAUAUCGCGCAGAGCAGGUGGCGCCACGUGUGUGUUUAUCAUGCUGCGUGGCUUAUCUGGUCAGUGCUCAUUAAUGUUAUGUUGUCUUCUCAUGGUCAUGUGAUGUUCGCGAUUUCGUUUCGGUAAACACCAACGUUUAUUAUUUUAUGGUAAAUACUAUUCAAGUUUCCAGUCAAAACUUGUCGUUACUUUCAUCCAUUUGGCUGAUCGGUUGGUAUUCGCUUUAACGCCGUUGUAGUUAUAUCGAUCGACGAAAUGAACGUUAAGAAAAAAAUUAUACCUGUGAUAUGUUUGAUGUCUGCGUAUGUGCACUGGAUCAAGCCGCGUUUACUAUCGGCCUCUGCGUCCAGAGGUGGUAAGUCCCUGCUGUUGCACCUUUGUGCCCGUUCCAGAUUUCUUAUACCCAUGAUCGUACUCACGGCAUUUUGGAUAUUUGACGCUCAAAUGCAAUUCGAAGCUUCCGUUAGUUUGACGCUCAGUCGUAACGUGCGGAUAACAGUCGGAGCGGAAGGCCAGUUACCCCAAAUGGAUGCUCUUGAUGAUGAUGGUGCUGAUGAUGAAACAUAUUCUGUUGAUGCGUACUCGGAAAUUUCUUCAGAUAUGUCCAACAUAAGUGAUUAUGAUAAUAUCGGUUCUGCAAUACAAGAUUUUGUUGACAAUGAUGGGACUUCUAGAAAUUUUUCCAUGGAAAGUUCAUUAAGAAACCAGCAGCCAUAAAAUAUUAAAGGUUGUUCAAGACGCUGUUAAAAACAUGACUACGACUAACUUAUAUUAAUAACCAUGAGAAGACUGAUGUACAAAGUUUUAUUUGGCAGUAUUUACGAUUUCUGAACUUGUAUUUUGAAAUGUUAUCCAUUUUAAGAAGUUGUAAUUAAUAAAAUUUCUAGCGUUGAAAAUA